CUAUAGGUCUUGUCUGGGAGAGGGGCUGCCUUGAAGAGACUGGGUAUUGGGAGAAUUUACGUUUUUUAUCAAUGGUUUUUACUCACAUUUUGGCUGUAUGUUCGGUCUUAUUGCAAGAAUCACCUUAGUUACACAGUAUCGCAGGUUUGCAUUCAUGUAUUAUUUUAUCCAAGUGGUGCUGCCAACUAUAUUUGAAAAGGAAAAAAAAAUACAAGGAUCAACCGUAUCUUGCAAGACGGGAGUAUUAUUAGCAAUACAGGCAGUGCAGCUGCCCUUCUGAAUUCUCACCAAAGUGCAGAGAUGAAACAGGCCCUGUAAUUUCAGAGAAAAAAUCCAACCUGGGAAGCUAAACCGGACUCUUGAAAUCAUAUCUAAUUUCAUGCUCAUGCCUGCUUUCUCAUUAAAUCGUCUUUCCUUUCUCCCGAAGUCCAGCUAUGCCUCGUUCCACCAAAUCCACCAAGAAAGCGCCCCCUAGAGGCCAAGCUAGCAAUGGGAAAAAGAAAAACAUUCGCGCUGCCAGAAGACAGACUUUUAACUCUAACAAGACGAGGGGAAAGCCCUUGAAGAGAAAGACAGAGGAUGCUGAGAGGUCUAAAAAUAUCAGCCGGAAAAGACAGCAGACCGCCAAGGAGCUAAGAAGUGCUAAGGUUAGCAAGUCUGGCAGUGGAGGCUCAAGAGGAUCCCAGAACAGCAUUAAGAAUGCCUUUCGUGUAAUAGGAUCAAUGAAGCUUAGGCAACAGGGUAAUUCCCUGCCUCAGCAAGCUUUGUCUGAAGACUCUCCCAACCGCAGAAAGUCUCUUCGAGGCAUACCACUCUCCCAAAGCCUGCCUCAAGCUCCUCAGCCGAACAGAAACACACAGACGUCAAACUCUAGGUGCCGUCUCCCAGCAAGGCCAAGUCCAGAGCACAGGAGCACAGGAGCUCCUGAAGACGUCCCAGACCCGCACCAUCCCAUUGAGCUUGGUAAGGAAGAUGCCACGGGGCAGGACGUGUCGAGCCCCAGCUCCGGGGACUGCUCUGUCAGUAGAGACCCAGGUCAAAUAGAAACAGAAGUGACAGAGAGAGAAUCUGUCGAAACGUUGCCUUCUAUGGUAGAGGAAACAGAGCCUGUGUCGAGCUCCCAGAGCCAAGAAACCAAACUGAGCCAUGUGGAUCUUGAGCCCCCCAAAUCGCCAAAUUCCGACAGUACUGUAAUACCACAUUCUAAUCCAACGUACCUUAACGAGGCCUUGAAUUUAGGCACUGACUUGUACCAAAUGAAAUCGGCUGAUUCUGCCACGAGUGUUUCAGACCCUUUAAAAAAUGCUGAAGAUAAUAAUGUAGUAGCUGAGAGCCAACGAGAGGUUUCUUCCAGUUUGGGUCCUGGCCUGGACAUGGAACCUGAACCCGAUGCAAUCAACCCAAAGUCGCCGGAUGUCUCCAUUCCUUCCUGGAACGUUCUCAAGGAACAUCCGCAGGGCUGUGUGCGUGAGGUUUCCACAGCCCACGCGCUACCAAGCACCGUUUUGUUAGUUUCAGGGCCUCCAUGUAAGGAGGACACCAAAGAAUGUGCUAGAAGUCCAGAGCCAAGACAGGAGCUGAUUGCAGCUUCUAAGACCCCAGUGCCACAUUGCAACAUCAUUGCAGAUAUUUCAGAGUCGGCGACGGCUCUGGAUUCAGGAUUUAGAACAGAUGUUAGCACAGACGAUAAAUCCCUAUACAGCUCAGAAAGCAAUCCCCCAUUUGAUAUGGGCCAAGAGCUGCAGUGCUUAGAUCAGACCACACCUGGGGUGUCGACCUCUCGGCCCAGUUCCGAGGUCGGUAGCCAGUAUGUGUCGUCCGACCAGGAGAAGAGGGACAAGAAGAAAAGGAGGCGCUGUGGAGUCUGUGAGCCAUGCCUUAGGAAGAUCAACUGUGGGGAGUGCAGCUGCUGCCGGAACCGCAAGACAGGCCACCAGAUCUGCAAGCUGAGAAAAUGCAUGGAGCUGAGGAAGAAGCCAUCUUUGUUGUCAAGUUCUCAGGUGGGGAGCAAGGAUACAACCAAACCACAGAGAAAAACGCGAGUUUCCAAGGUUGAGUCGUAUGGACAUUCAGUAAAUGGCACAAAGUCAAGUCAGAUGGAAGAAUCCUUUUCUAUGCAAGAGGAGGAUCUCGCCUUGCAGAUUUACCCCAUCUCACCAGUGGUCAAGGAAGAGCAAGACGCACACCCCAUUCUGGAAAAGGAGCAGGUGGGAGACAGUGCACAGCAACCUUCUCACCUCUGUGAUUCUGGGAACAAUCCCGAAAACUGGAACCACAAUGGAGAAAGAAAAACAAGUUGUCUGGAAUCUCCACCUAACUUCCAAGAAUCUUUCCCAUGGCACCCCAGAAACAGCCCUAAAUCCAAGGCUGAGUCACUCUUGGAAGAUACUGUGCCACUAAAAAAGAUUAAGCUAGAGGAGAACUGUGUGGGAAUUCAUCAUCAGAUCUCUUUGGCACAGUUAGAAAGCGAUGGAGACUAUGAGGAUGGAUUAACCACUUUGGCUGCUGUUGUUUGCUACUCAAUAUCUAAAAGGCAGGCAGUAAGUGACGGUAUUACAAAACCCAUCUCCCCCUUUUCAAGAAAUGAGACUUGCAAACUAGAGGAAACAGAGGUCACCACAGAUGAUGCUUGUUCUACAAGUGGUGCUACAAACGGUGCUACAAGUCUUGAAAACAUAGAUGCCUCCUUUUGCAGAAACUCUUUGGUGCUCUCUCAUCCAAGUCUCCAAUCAUUGGUUGAGAAAAGAAACAUAAGCAUUGAACAGGCCAUAGCUAUCGAGGCUCUGACGGAGCUUUCAGAAAUUCCACUGCAAAACCUUGCACAAACCGCUGAAACCUGUCAUAGCCCAGAGGUAAGUACACCUCCACCAGGCAAAGCUGAACUUCCAAAUGACAAGAAUUCAGCAUCAGGCUCUUGCCUAAGAGACACCCUCACAGUCAGUUCACUGCAGCAUGAGAAUGCCACUCUUCCUGCUUUACUGCAUAAUCAAGGCAGCAUUAAUAAUUCUCAAACCUUAUUGUCAACAGGCAAACUUUCCUUACAGGAUCUUUUAGAAGCCAGUUCUUUAACAGAUAAGAUCCAAACUCAUGUAAGUCCUGAAAAACAGUGUUCUUACAUUGAACAAAGCCUCAAUUUCCACAGAGACCACACGAUAUUUAGAACACAAGGGUUAGAUGGUCGAGGUGCCCCCUUUCAAGGACAUAAGCAAUCCCCUUGUUCAGAUGGGUCUCUCCUACCUAAUAAAAGGGUCAGGAAUAAGGAUGAGGAAGAUGUGGCAGCUCAGCUGGCCCAGCUUGCAUUCAUUAUUGAAUCAAGUCACAAAAAAGGCCAAGUGAAUUCCUCAGGAGUCGAUGAAACGUCCACUGCCCAGCUGGCCCCGCACACUCCCCAAGGAUUCCCCCUUCAGCCCAUCAAGAACAAUCAUCACUCACUGCUGCAAGGCCUGAGCACGUCUCCACUGAAGAAGACCAGAACACCCCCUUCCAAGCAGAGAACUAAAAAAGCACAGUUGCAAAAGCUUGAAGACACCAACGGACACCUUUGGGGACAGUCACCCGCGAAUCAUGUUGGACAUUUUCCCAAAAGAGGUGCAAACACCAAGGCACCCCAAAGAACCAAAGUCCAAAAGGUGUUCCCACAAAGACAAAUGGUGCAGAACCACAAAUCACCCCUGUUUCCUCCACAGACUCAAAUAGACCUGAAAAGCUAUCUUGCAGAGGUGUCUCAGGACAAACAGGCUCUUAUUUACCAGAAUAAUCCUCAAGAUGGUGUUAAGUCUGAACUUUUAGAACAUAAUUCUCUUUUACAGUCUGUUUCUUGUAAAAACUCUGGGCUUCCACCUUCAAAUGACUCCUCUGAACUUCAUCCUGAUUGGAACACUGAUGGGCAUUUAAUACAGAAAAGUGAACACCUGGAAGGUUCACUGAGGCAAAAAACAGAAUGUGAUUCAAAUACUCAGGUAGCUCAAUCAUUAGAUGGGCAGCAACAUGGUGCUAAUUUAGACACAGGCUCUGCUAAGGUCCAAUUCUAUGUUCAAGCCUCUCAAGACAGAAAUGAACCUCCAAGCAGCAAAAUAUAUUCCAACGAAUCAAAAAUCAGCUCUCUAGGUCAGCUGCCACCUGCCUCAACAGCGGAGGGAUGUAUCAAGAUAGAAACAUCUGGUUCUGUUACUGUCCUUUCCACAUCAAAUCUGAACUCCAGUGGUGUAGAACCCAACUUCAAUGGGGAAUCAACGCCAACCAAAAACACUUUAAACAGCUUUCUUGAGUCUCCUCUUAACUUCUUGGACACCCCAACCAAAAAUCUGAUUGACACACCUUCCAAAAAAGGAUCGGACUUUCCAACUUGUGAUUGUGUGGAACAAAUUAUAGAGAAAGAGGAAGGACCAUACUACACACAUCUUGGAUCAGGACCAAGUGUUUCUGCAGUGCGGGAGAUGAUGGAAAACAGGUAUGGGGAGAAAGGGAAAGCGGUGCGUGUUGAAGUGGUGGUCUACACCGGAAAGGAAGGAAAGAGCUCCCAAGGUUGUCCAAUAGCAAAAUGGGUGAUCCGGCGUGCCAGCGUGGAAGAGAAGCUGCUCUGCCUGGUGAGAAAGCGAGCAGGUCACUGCUGUCAGAAUGCUGUGGUGGUCAUCCUCAUCCUGGCUUGGGAAGGGAUCCCGCGUAUAGUAGCAGACACUCUGUACCAGGAGCUUACCGAGACGCUCUGCAAGUAUGGUUCACCAACCAGCCGGAGAUGUGCUCUAAAUGAAGACCGAACUUGUGCCUGUCAAGGCCUUGACCCUGAGACUUCUGGAACAUCCUUCUCGUUUGGCUGCUCAUGGAGCAUGUACUUCAAUGGCUGUAAGUUUGCUCGGAGCAAAUUCCCUCGCAGAUUCAGACUGCUGGGAGAUGACCCCAUAGAGGAAGGGAAGUUGGAAAGUAAUCUUCAGAAUUUAGCAACAGACUUGGCUCCUGUGUACAAGAAACUUGCUCCGGAGGCCUUUAAGAAUCAGGUGGAGCAGGAACACUUGGGUAUAGACUGUCGUCUGGGUCUGAAAGAAGGCAAGCCGUUCUCAGGUGUAACAGCGUGUGUCGACUUCUGCGCUCAUGCCCAUAAGGACACGCACAACAUGAAUAAUGGGAGCACCGUUGUAUGCACUUUAACGAAGGAGGACAACCGUGCGGUGAGGAACAUACCUGAGGACGAGCAGCUGCACGUGCUGCCCCUGUACAAGAUCUCCGACACGGAUGAGUUCGGCAGCGUGGAGGGCCAGAGGGCCAAGAUGGAGACGGGCGCCCUGCAGGCCCUGUCUGCCUUCCCCAGAGAGGUGCGCCUGCUGGCGGAGCCCGUCAAGUCGGCCCGCAAGAAGAAACUGGAAGCAAAGCGGGCAGCAGCGGAGAAACAGAACAGCCAGGAGCGGAAACAGACCAGCCCAGCGAAGCUCAAAAAUGAGCAGGAGAGAAGCUCUCAGUGUAUCACAGGUUGCACUUCAUCAAGUCAGUCACCAUCUUUGAAAUUGGAACCUCAGGAUUACUACAACUCCUUUAAAUUGCCCCGGCAAACUGGCAUUGGAAAUUACUUAUUAGAAAAUUACAAUCCUUCUGCACCUUAUGACAUUAGUAAAAUGUACCCCUUACCUUCGGUCAUGCCCAACGCAGGCAUGGAAGCACUUUCCAAAUUUCAUCCCAGCUUUAGUGUCCCAUAUGGAUGUCUUGGUUUACCUGCAAAUCAAAACUUUGUUCCUCCCCUCCUGAAAUACAACAGCUUGGGAAAUGCAGUUAAUGGCUACGCUGCCGGCCUUCCUGAACAGAAAAAGUUUAGGAACCAAAAUUUAAUAGCCAAUCCCAUGGGCACAGGGCAGAGUGAGAUACAUAGAAACUGGCAGACUCUGAAGACUGAACCCAACAAGAAGAACAGCAACUCCCUGCUGUCAAAGCACCCUCAUGGAAGCACUCCUGAACUGUUCUGUUCCAAACCCCCUGAGGCACUUAGCAACCGACCCAACGGGUUUCACAGAGUUCAGUUUGCAGAGAAAGAUCAGCAUGGGCUUCUAGCCGAGCACAUACAAGGGACACAUAAUGUCUGCAGGACCCCAGAAAGUCCAGCCCCCGAGGCUAAACCUGGGGAAGUGUGGUCGGACAGCGAACACAACUUCCUGGAUGCUGAUAUUGGCGGAGUGGCUGUGGCUCCAUCCCAUGGUUCCAUCCUGAUCGAAUGUGCCAGGAGGGAGCUCCACGCCACCACCCCCAUUAAAAAGCCAAACCGGAGCCACCCCACCCGGAUCUCUCUCGUCUUCUACCAGCACAAGAGCCUGAAUGAGCCCAAGCACGGACUGGCGCUGUGGGAGGCCAAGAUGGCGGAGCGGGCCAAGGAGAGAGAGGAGGAAGCGGAGAGGCUGGGCGGGGCGGAGGGCGGCCCCGCCAGGCCCAGGAACAAAAGGGCCAAGCCUGGCGGCGGCGCUGGCAAGGAGGAGGUCCGCCAGGAGGAGCGGGAGCUGCUUCAGAUCCCCACUCGCAGGGCUCUGGCGAUAACCAGGGAUGGGGUGAUCACCGUCUCGUCGUACGCCCUGACUCAAGUCACCGGCCCUUACAAUCGCUGGGUGUGACAUUUCCAUCACUUUCAGGCUGCCUUACCUCAACGUUAGCUCGCAUUCGAUGGUGCUGUAAGAUGAACACAUUUUUAGACUUUCAUUUGGUUGAUUUUUUUAUUUUUGUAAUUUUCCUCAUCUCAAAUAUCUUUAGGAAGAGGGUUUACUGUUUCAUGGGAUUUUAACUGUGAGUAGGAGGAGUACGUGUACAUGUUUUUGAUUUUAAAGAAUGGUGCUCAGAGAAGAUUUUAAAGAUUUUUUUACGGUUUUUAUAUACAAGUUGAAUGAAAAUGUACAGACACAAAAACCUAUUUAUUCUGAUCAUCAUCAAGGCUGUUUUUUACUUUUUCUCAUAGGAGAUUUAUUUCUGGUGCUUCAAUUAUGCCUGUUUACUGCAAUUUUACUGUAUGUCAAUGUGCGUUUGACUUGCAAAUAGGAAAACUCUAGAUUUGAAUUUACAUAGUGAAACAUAAAUUAUGUACUUUUCUGGUUUUAUUCAUAUUUUGCAUUAACUUGUAGGGUAAAAGGCAUCUGGUGCUGUUUUAUAUGAAUUCUAACACAAAUUCAACUAUUUUUUAUGGUGCCAUUGUAGUAGGAACUUCCAUUAAGAAAUUAGCAAAAACCAACACAAAAUUUAAAAACAUUGCUGUUGCUAGGUUUGGUUAUGAAAAAAGCUGUAGCAUUGCAUUAAUUCUUCCUCCUUCAAAUUUAAUGUUUAAAGAUUGAAUAUGGCAUUAACUAUGAAGGAAAGGUACACCAUUUGUACUUGUUUGAUUUGUUACAUUUAUUUGUUUUUAGCCUACUUAAAUGAAAUAUUUAAAAGCACUUUUUAUUUUUUUAAUAACUUGAAAAAGUUCAACAUCAGAUUUGUAUGGAUGAAGAUAGCAGGAAUUGUGAAUACUAUGUAUUUUAAUAAUUUGUGUUGUUAAAAAACCUCUGUAGUGCAUUAUUCAUUAUCCAAAGCCUUUUGUAGUACUUAACCACAGAUAUCUGAUUAUAUUUCUCCUUUAAGGAGAAAAUGCCUACCCCCAAAUACUGAUACUUUGAAAAGAUGUGAAAAUGGAGAUCAGCAUCUCCUGUAGAGGCAACAUUGUCAACAUUUCCCAGAAGAUUGAAAAGUAAACUGAUUUACAAUGACUUAUACCAGAUGGCAGUGAAAGUCUAUCACUCAGCCUGCAGAAAAAUUAAUCAUCAUUAAUAAUUUUGUUUUUCGGUUCAUAUUCUAACGAUUUGGAGAAGACAUUGAGGUGCGUAAAUAUGUCUACAAAUUUUCUCAUAUUGAUUACAAGAAUUCUGCAAAAAGUUGAAUUAUUUAUUACUGUGUUAAUUACAAAAACUGUAUAUUAAAAAACGUCUCUCUUCACAUUAAUGCCUUAAAUGUGGCAGUUGCACACAAUGCCAUCCUGGCAUUAGAGCUGAAGACAGAGCCAGUAAUGUGAGGUUCUUACAUUCUGUCAUCAUGUCAGAACAAGAACACUGUGUUACAACCAAAACUGCAGCUAACAGAAAAUCAGUGCUAUCAUUCUGAACUAAAAACUGGUGCUAAAUACAGUUUUUUUUUUUUGUGGGGGUGGGGACGGGAGUAAUUAUGUUUUCCCACAAAACUAUAGACUUUAACUGUACAAUUUCAGUAUUUUGUAAAACCAUUUGGCACUGGCUAAUGCAAAAUCAGAUAUUCAAUGAAAAAUAAGUCUGGUGUAAAGUUAAAGGUGUAUAUUAGAAGGUUGUGAAAGCAUGGCAGACAUGGUAGACAGGAAGCAUGGUAGACAGCAGAGUUUGUUUGCAGUAUAUUCUAGAAGCACAGCGUGUUGCCCAAUACAUGAAAAUAUUUUAGGUUUAUUAUUUCAAGAUUAUUGAAAUUUACUGAAUGCAGGAUUAGAAACCAUUUAUAUAUCAACUGUUAUAUUUAAAUUAAUAUAUUUUAGCGUGUUGACGGAUUUGUCACUCUAGUGCUAUGAAUUUCAGUCCAGUCAGUGAACAACGAUGGGAUGAUAAUGUGUGAAUACUCUACAGAAUUUCUCGUUCUGAAAAAAGCCCUUGCAAACAUUUUCUGCUGUUGUCCACUUCCUUUAGAUAGCCAUGAAAGUCCCCUUCCCAUCUCAAAACUGCAUUUUGAACAAGGCAGUCUAAAUUCCCUACACUGUGACACCUAAAAUUGUCAGUAAUGACAAAACAACAACCCUUAUCCUCAAUGUAAAGUACAGUACAUGAUAAAGAUGAUUUGUUAGGAUUGUGUAGUAUAUUACCAAGCUAGAAAAGUCACAGGCAAGAUGGUGUUACUUCUUCUACUUAAGUCAAGUAAGACUAACUGAGACACCCAUACUGUAUCUUCAAACUAGUCAAUUUUGUCACACUGUAGUCAGUUUUUGCUUUGCUUUAAAUAAAGCAGUAGGCUAAUGAAUGGCCUGUGGUAAACAUUUGCCACCAGUGCACGUCAACCAUGAGUCAAAUCCAAUAAAACCUCCUUCUUUCUUAAGUACUGUGACAUUCCGCGGGGGCGUGCCCAGUGUGGAGGCAGAGCCCUGGUAGAAGGGCGACUCCUCACCUUUGUAGUCCCAGCUGUCCCGGCUUCUAGAUGAGCCACAGCUGGGCAGGUCCUAUAAAGGCACCCUGGACACCCUCCGACGGGACGGGCAGGGACACCCCCGGAAGGGGCAGUUUUACAUCGACAGUCCUGAAGGGGAUGCGCCCUAGUAAGGCAUUCUUUUUCUUUUCGCCAGUCCCAUCACAUAGUUUCACACACACCUUUUUCACACAGAGCAAUCUUGUUUUGUUGUUGCCUUGUGCACCGUGCUCUACCAGACUGGACCCCGUUAAAUAGGGUCAGUCCAGUCGGGUCACCGCUGUGCUAGCAGUUUUUUUUUUUCCCCGGGCUGAACCCCGUUAAAUAGGGUAAGCCCAGCCAGGAGGUCACGAGGCACAGCGGUACACCUUUCUUUUUGCCUUUUUGUGAGUUUUCCACUCUUUUUGUGUUACCUUUGGUCCCCGCUUGCCUCACACUGGUGCUUCCGUCCCCUGACGUGGGGCGUUGACUUUUUACCGGUGCUCGUCGCGGCGCCAGUUACUAUACACUGUCACAAGACUAAUGUUCCAUCAUUGAAGAACUGGCAUCCCAGCCAAUCUGGUGUGACAGGCUCUUACAGUUCUCUUCAGAAAUGUUUUAAUUUGCAUGUUGUCAGUUGCUUCUUUACGUGAUAACAGUUCCACAGUUAUCCAAGAGUAUCUGAGGUCUACUGCAUUUGCCUUUUGUCAUCUAAAUGACCUUAAUUAAAGUCUUAAUUAGAAAGCUGUGUGGCAGUACCUGCAAAAGUACUUGUUAUACAACAUCCCGUAGGGACCCCUAUGUAAGCGCUAUAGAACAAUGCCACAUUUAAAAAGUAUAUUAGCUGAUAUUUAGAUUCACUGUGUCACAGAUCAUGUAAAUGAAAAUGCAUGAUUUGUUAGAAGUGAAAGAAAAGCAUGGCAGUAUCUUGGCAGCUCAGCCCUUACUGACACCUGCAGUUGACACAGGGAGUCGCACCAGUUUGAGAAUAUCACUAGUGUCUUGGUUUCUGUUUUGAGGAGCCACCCAGAUAUGAUUUUAAACAAACUUUUGGGGGUUUGACCACAUAUAUAUAUGCAUAUGACCACUUAUAUGCAACCACCAUAUUACCAUCAUCAAGCCCUUAACUAAAAAAUUUGAAUGUAUAAUCAUUUGAUGAAAUAUCAACCUUAAGCCUUUUGAAUGUAGUAAAAACUAUAAAAUUGGACAUCGAAUAAAAUCCUUUUACCCAAGUGAAAAGCAGAUGCACUCCGCUAAACAUCCUGAUUAUUUACAUAGCUUUUGUUUGAAGACAAGUCAUGUAGGUCAUAUACUUAUUGUCCACAAAAGAUGUGGCUAACCACCAUUCAUUAUGUGCUGAUUCUGUAAUAUGGCCCGUAGAAUUGGAUCAGUACAUCUCCUUUGUCAGAAUAUAUCUUAGAAUCUGCUUAAAAACAAAGGGUGACAGUUACUAUUAAUAAAAGCUAACCUGAAACAUGAAAAACACAAUUAUACCAAUAACUUUGCAUUAUUAGGGUCUUCAUGAGAUGACUGGUCAUUUUUUGUGUGUCAUAUUCACAGAGCUGUUGGAGGAAGUGUGGAGUUGGUAAACAGUGGAAGAGAAAACAGUGUUUUUUUUUUUAUUGGUCAUACCUUGUCCUCUGACAGUUGAGAGCUUUCAAUAACAAUUUCAAAACUGCAUUAGAUUGUGGUUCUUAAAGGUGGAUGGUGCACAAAUUGAAAUUAUUUUCAUGUAAAUAAAACAAAUCUAAUAGUAAGAAAGGACCUGUUGCUAAUAAAACUUGCAUGGAAAAUAAAAUAGAAAGUCCUUUCCUGAAGACCCUGUAAACAGCACAUAAUAAUCAUGUGUAUUAGAUUGCUAAUGUCACUGUAGUGAGCUAUUUGUAUUAAUACUGUACAUGAAAAUAUAAGAUGAGUUAUUUUUGUGUGUGCUAAAAUUCUCUGCCACUUUUUGAAUGCUCUUUAAAAUUGAAAUGACCACAAAAUUUGUAUUGAAGUAUGUGUCAGACAUAAAAUGUUCAGUCUGUCUUUGUAAUUAAAACUGAACUUUUGUGAUGUCUUGUUAACAGAGAUUUUAAAAGCCUUUACUUUUUUUGCAAAAAAUGUUUUGCACACUCACCACAAUAUAUUUAAUAUUGUAUGCCCUUAGAGCUUUUGAUCUGUAAACUGUACUCAUAUGUAUUGAUUGAGAGCACAAUUUGAGGCAGCUAUAUUAUGUUACAAGCAAUGGCUAAGAAAUGUCAAAUUCCAGUGCUGUGCCAUUGUUUGUAAGUAAUGCUGCCAAAAAUUGAAAAUAACAGCAGCAACUUGUGGUGUGAAAUCACAGAACAACAAAAAUAAGUGGGGUACAGAGUUCUUCACCUAAACUGUAAUCUUUGAGCUCUAUCUUCAGUGUACUUCAUUAAAAUGAGUUAUUUCAAA